AAUGAGAGGGGGUCUUCUGUAAACUUCUCAGAUGAUUCCCCUUCUCCGUUUCCCAUCCUCGCCUACUCGAUGAUCCUCCGCAGUCCAAAAAACCCCGACCCCUGAAAACCCUAGAAUCGACCCCUCAAUCAAAUCGAAACCCUAACCCUAACAAAUGGAUCCCCGACGCCCCAACCGAGCCCCGAGCAAUCCGAUGGUUCGCCAAGUCGGUUUCGUCACCCCUGGGACCCGCCCGAGCUCCCCCUCCCGGUCCCUCUCCCUCCCCGCCGACGCCACGUCAUCAUCCUACCCUCCCUCCGGCGAUCUAUCCGCCACCACCUCCCUCUCUCCGGUCAUGAUCCCGCCGCCGCGUCAAAACUCCGUGCCCGUGGCCGUGCCUGUGACUCUCUCUCCUCUCAGAAGGGAUAGCCACCAGAUCCCAAUUGGGAGUUAUAAUCCGGUGAACGAUUCUUUGCUUGGCACCUCGCCGGAGAGCUCGAGGUUCGAUCCGGGGUCGGAGUUUUCCGAUGACGUGUCGGUUUCGAGGGCGGCGAGCUCGAUGCCGGGGAGUGGUGGGGAGAUGAUGGCGAUGAAAGCUCGAGGGGAUUUGAAGGCGAAGAACACGGCGGCGGCUGAGGCGAUUGUGAAGACAGUGUCUGGAAUUAGUGAAAAAAAUGAAGAGGCACAAAAUGAAGGGGCUGAAAAUUCAAAACCUCUGAAACAAAAGUCAACUAGAGCUGAUAGGCGUGCCCUUCAAGAAGCUCAACGUGCUGCAAAAGCUGCUGCAAAGGAAUCUGGCGGAGGUGGCAAGAAUUCUACUGUUUCUGGGGUCGCUAAGCAGGGUAAGCCUGGGAAACCACCUCCACAGAAGAAAGAUGCAACAAAGAUUACAGCUGCCUCUACAACUUCGGAAAAGAAGGUCAGCGAUCGCUCUUCUGAAAAAGAUCGAAAGAAAGAUGCUCCUCCACCUCGUAUGCAAUAUGAUGACGAGCAUAGGGUUGAAAAAGCUAAGCGACGUGCAGUUGUCAAUCAAUUUGAAGCCAGAAACAGAGUUGAGUUAUUUAGACAUUUGCCUCAGUAUGUUCAUGGAACACAGCUUCCAGAUCUGGAGUCAAAGUUUUUUCAGCUUGAGCCUAUGCAUCCUUCUGUGUAUAAGGUUGGGCUUCAAUACCUAUCAGGGGAUAUUUCUGGUGGUAAUGCUCGUUGCAUUGCAAUGCUUCUGGCAUUUAGAGAGGCAAUAAAAGAUUAUUCUACACCAGCAAAAAAGCUUUUUAUUCGAGAUUUGACUGCAAAAAUCAAUAGCUAUGUGUCAUUUUUUACUGAAUGCAGACCCCUUUCAGUUAGCAUGGGAAAUGCUAUUAAGUUUUUGAAGAAUAGGAUUGCAAAGCUACCAGACAGCUUGUCAGAAUCAGAAAAGAAAUCAAGUCUACAAUCAGAUAUUGAUAGAUUUAUAAAUGAGAAAAUAAUACUUGCUGACAAAGUCAUUGUUAGGCAUGCUGUUACAAAGAUCAGAGAUGGUGAUGUCUUGCUUACUUAUGGAUCAUCCACAGUUGUGGAAAUGAUAUUGCUAUAUGCUCAUGAGCUUGGAAAGCAGUUCCGUGUUGUGGUAGUUGACUCACGCCCAAAGCUUGAAGGACAAGCAUUGCUUCAUAGGCUGGUUGCAAAGGGGCUUAGCUGUACUUAUACUCACAUAAAUGCUGUCUCCUAUAUCAUGCAUGAAGUUACACGAGUGUUUCUCGGGGCUUCUUCAGUUUUAUCUAAUGGAACAGUUUACUCAAGAGUUGGAACGGCAUGUGUUGCUAUGGUCGCUCAUGCCUUCCAUGUUCCGGUUUUGAUAUGCUGUGAGGCAUAUAAAUUUCAUGAGAGGGUACAACUAGAUUCUAUUUGCUCUAAUGAACUUGGUGAUCCAGAUGUGAUAGCAAAGAUUCCUGGAAGACAAGAUCUAAAUCAUCUGGAUAAUUGGGCUGAAGAUGAGAAUCUCCAACUUUUGAACCUAACUUAUGAUGCAACACCUUCUGACUACGUAUCAAUGAUCGUCACAGAUUAUGGAAUGCUCCCACCUACAAGUGUGCCGGUCAUCGUGAGGGAAUAUCGGAGAGAACAUUUAUGGAUAUAAAGGCUUUCUUAUUGGCAAUUAAAAAUUCAACAUCUCUUUAGCCAUUCCGUGGAAUAUGCACGUUUCUGGUUUAACAAGACCUAAAGGUUCUGGCCUUUUUGGCUAGAGGUUUCUUUUUCUUUUUUCCAGUCGGAAUAAUAAUCCAUCUUCAUUACAGUCUCAUAAAUUACAUUCUUCUAAUAUUACUCCGUGAAGAGUGCAGUAUUUUGCCUCUCCGGGAUUUUGAGGAUGUUUUUGCUUUAUUGUAAUUUGAUUGUCUGGUGAAUGCAGCAUCUUUCACCAAAGCAUUUUAUCCAAGAUGUUAUAUAUAGUAUUUCCUUCUCCAAUAGUUUGUUUUGGUUGAAGCUUACUGCUGCAAAUAAUUAAUAAGAGCUCAUAUUUGUAGUAUU